AUGCAGGGCGACGAGAGCCUCCAGAUCCUGGUGGGAACAGAAGGGGACAGCUUCCCGCUGACAGAGAUCCACGCUUGUGAGACCGAGGCCUCUGAGCAAUGGGACUACGUCCUCGUGGCUGACAGCAGCACCCAGAGAAUCCCCAAGCAGGUGUACCGGCAGCAGCAGUUCCUGGGGGAGCUCAGGAGAAAGGGCUUCCAUUUCAAGGUGAAAAAAGACCAGAAACAGGUGUUCUUUGGCAUCCGAGCCGACAACAGCAUCUUUGACCUGUACCGCACCCUCCUGGUGGAGCCCGAGGGCCCUGCGCCCAGAGUGGAGCCAGAGACGCCGAGCCCCAUCCCAGCCACCACCAGAAUCCGAAUCCUGAACUUCGUCCUGAGCAACACGACGGCAGAUGGCGAGACAUUUGAGAAUUUGGUGAAGGAUGGAGUCUUUGAGGCCAGGUUCCCCCUGCACAAGGGGGAGGCAGAGCUGAAGAAGACCUGGGCCCAGUGGAGGAAAAUGGCCCACAGGCAGCCCAUCGACCAGAUCAGGGACUACUUCGGGGAGAAGGUGGCGCUCUACUUCGCCUGGCUCGGCUGGUACACCUACAUGCUGGUGCCCGCAGCCCUGGUGGGCCUCGGCAUCUUUCUCAGCGGGUUCACUCUGUUCGAGUCCAGCCAGAUCAGCAGGGAGAUCUGUGCCGCCCACACCAUCUUUCUGUGUCCUCUCGGCGACCACGGCCGCAGGUUCCAGCGGCUCUCAGACACCUGCACCUUUGCCAAGCUCACACACCUCUUCGACAACGACGGCACGGUGCUGUUUGCCAUCUUCAUGGCUCUGUGGGCCACAGUGUUCCUGGAGAUCUGGAAGCGGCAGCGAGCCCGCGUGGUGCUGCACUGGGACCUGUACGGGUGGGACGAGGACCAGGAGGAAAUGGCGCUCCAGCUCAUUAACUGCCCCGACUACAAGCUCCGGCUGCACCAGCACUCCUACCUGCGCAGCAGCGUCAUCCUCGCCCUGUCCCUGUUCAUGAUCUGCUUCAUGAUCGGCAUGGCCCACGGCCUGGUGGUCUACCGCGUGCUGGCCGCCGCCCUCUUCAGCAGCUCGGCCCUGCCCUUCCUGGAGGAGCAGGUGACCACGGCCGUGGUGGUGACCGGGGCCCUGGUGCACUAUGUGACCAUCGUCGUCAUGACCAAGGUCAACAAGUUCGUGGCCCUGAAGCUUUGUGACUUUGAGAAGCCCAGGACCUUCUCGGAGCGGGAGAGCAAGUUCACGGUCCGGUUCUUCAUCCUGCAGUUCUUUGCACACUUCUCCUCCCUCAUAUACAUCGCCUUCAUCUUGGGCAGCUGCCCCAAUCCCCCAGAGGCGCCCAAGUCCUGGGGCUUCCUGGACGUCCACCCUGCAGACCUCUCCAAUUCCUUUCCUGCAAGGCGAUCCCUGGUGGUGGGGUCAGCAGCCAGCCACCUGAUCCAGUACGGCUUCACCACCAUCUUCGUGGCCGCCUUCCCGCUGGCGCCGCUGCUGGCUCUCUUCAGCAACCUCGUGGAGAUCCGCCUGGACGCCAUCAAGAUGGUGCGGCUGCAGCGACGGCUCGUCCCCCGCAAGGCCAAGGACAUCGGGACCUGGCUGCAGGUUCUGGAGACCAUCGGAGUGCUGGCAGUCAUCGCCAACGGGAUGGUCAUUGCUUUCACGUCUGAGUUCAUCCCGCGAGUGGUCUACAAGUACCGCUAUGGCCCAUGCCGACAGGGGGCUCACCCUGCAGUUGACUGCCUCACAGGCUACGUCAACCACAGCCUGUCCAUCUUCUACACCAAGGACUUCCAGGACCCUGUUGGGAUAGAGGGCUCGGAAAACGUGACUGAGUGCAGGUACAGGGACUACCGCAAUGCCCAUGACUACAACUUCUCGGAGCAGUUCUGGUUCCUCCUGGCCAUCCGCCUGGCCUUCGUUAUCCUCUUUGAGCACGUGGCCUUGUGCAUCAAACUCAUUGCUGCCUGGUUCGUGCCUGACAUCCCUCAGUCGGUGAAGAACAAGGUUCUGGAGGAGAAGUACCAGAGGCUCUGGGAGAAGAUGUGGAAAGGGAGGCCGAGCUGGGCGGGGGCUGGCCCGGGGUCCUACUCCCGCACCAGCACUAGGAGCACAGAAGUGUAG